AUGCUAGUUCCAAUACCACACGGACAAAAAGAAAAUGAAAAAGAACCAGGCAGAGUGUCAAAAUACACGACACAAUCAACUGGGACACAAGAAAUAGACACAGAAGCAUCGCUAAAUGAAGAUUUUGAUGAGGCUUGCAAUUCAGAAGCACAUGCAUUUAAAAGUACUCUUGAGGAAUUUAUAAAAGAGCCAAGAGUCGAACUCAUUGAUCGACUGCACUUGAUUUUGUUGGAUAGCAACAUGCAAUUUCAAGCAGCAAUCCAAAAAAUGACCUGUAAAAUACUUCCAUAUUUGGAAAAAAGCGAGUUUUACGAUAAAAUUUGUCUGAUGCUUUCAGACAUUUCACAUUACAAUCCUGGAGCUGCAAGUUUAUUGCUGGAGUUUGAUAUUUUUUCUAAGCUAGACUACUCAAAGAGUAUUUCAUUUUCACUUAUUCUGAGUAUUUGUGAUGAUAACAGUACGGCCUGGAGUACUUUUAGGGAAAACCAUUUAAAACCUGAAUUCAAUAAGAAUCAAUAUAUAAAAAUGCUAUUAGACAAUAACCAAACACACAACAAACACAUUGACUAA